UCCACUGACCAGGGGCUCUGCCUGACCUCAGACUCCUUUUUCCUUCCAGGAGGAGUGAUGGGCAAAACCAGCGCUUCCCUCAGGCACUAGACCUGCCACGAGUGGACUUAGCUCCCCCCCACACUGCUUCACUCUACCCUAAGAACACAGAUCUGUUUGAGAUGAUUGAAAAGAUGCAGGGAAGCAGGAUGGAUGAACAACGAUGCUCCUUCCCGCCACCCCUCAAAACGGAGGAGGACUACAUUCCCUACCCGAGUGUCCAUGAGGUCCUGGGGCGAGAAGGGCCCUUCCCCCUCAUCCUGCUGCCUCAGUUCGGGGGCUACUGGAUUGAAGGCACCAACCAUGAAAUGACCAGCAUCCCGGAGACAGAGCCGCUGCCAUCACCCACCACCAAGGUCAAGCUUGAGUGCAACCCCACAGCCCGCAUCUACCGGAAGCACUUUCUGGGCAAGGAGCAUUUCAAUUACUACUCCUUGGACACGGCCCUGGGCCACCUGGUCUUCUCGCUCAAGUAUGAUGUCAUCGGCGACCAAGAGCACCUGAGGCUGCUGCUCAGGACCAAGUGCCGGACAUAUCAUGACGUCAUCCCCAUCUCCUGCCUCACUGAGUUCCCCAACGUGGUCCAAAUGGCAAAGCUGGUGUGUGAAGAUGUGAAUGUGGACCGGUUCUACCCUGUGCUCUACCCUAAGGCUUCCCGCCUCAUUGUCACCUUUGAUGAGCAUGUGAUCAGCAAUAACUUCAAGUUUGGAGUCAUUUACCAGAAGCUUGGGCAGACCUCCGAGGAAGAACUCUUCAGCACCAAUGAGGAAAGCCCAGCCUUCGUGGAGUUCCUGGAGUUUCUUGGCCAGAAGAUCAAACUGCAGGACUUUAAGGGGUUCCGAGGAGGCCUGGACGUGACCCACGGGCAGACGGGGACCGAGUCUGUGUACUGCAACUUCCGCAACAAGGAGAUCAUGUUUCACGUGUCCACCAAGCUGCCCUACACAGAAGGGGACGCCCAGCAGUUGCAGCGGAAGCGGCACAUCGGGAACGACAUCGUGGCCGUGGUCUUCCAGGAUGAGAACACGCCCUUCGUGCCCGACAUGAUUGCGUCCAACUUCCUGCAUGCCUAUGUGGUGGUGCAGGCUGAGGGCGGGGCCCCUGAUGGCCCCUUCUACAAGGUCUCUGUCACCGCCCGGGAUGAUGUGCCCUUCUUUGGGCCCCCUCUCCCGGACCCUGCUGUGUUCAGGAAGGGGCCUGAGUUCCAGGAAUUUUUGCUGACAAAGCUGAUCAAUGCUGAAUAUGCCUGCUACAAGGCAGAGAAGUUUGCCAAACUGGAGGAGCGGACACGGGCUGCUCUCCUGGAGACGCUCCAUGAGGAGCUGCAUACCCACAGCCAGUCUAUGAUGGGCCUGGGCGGGGACGAGGACAAGAUGGAGAAUGGCGGCGGGGGCGGUGGCUUCUUCGAGUCUUUCAAGCGGGUCAUCCGAAGCCGCAGCCAAUCAAUGGAUGCCAUGGGGCUAAGCAACAAGAAGCCUAACACUGUGUCUACUAGCCACAGUGGGAGCUUUGCGCCCAACAAUCCCGACCUGGCCAAGGCAGCUGGAAUAUCAUUGAUCGUCCCUGGGAAGAGCCCCACGAGAAAGAAAUCAGGCCCAUUUGGCUCACGCCGCAGCAGUGCCAUCGGCAUCGAGAACAUCCAGGAGGUGCAGGAGAAAAGGGAGAGCCCCCCGGCUGGUCAGAAGACCCCAGACAGCGGGCACGUCUCACAGGAGCCCAAGUCAGAGAACUCAUCCACACAGAGCUCCCCGGAGAUGCCCACGACCAAGAACAGAGCGGAGACAGUGGCCCAGAGGACAGAAGUGCUGAAGGACUUCUCCCGCUCCUCGUCCAGUGCCAGCAGCUUUGCCAGCGUGGUGGAGGAGACGGAGGGUGUGGACGGGGAUGACACAGGCCUGGAGAGCGUCUCAUCCUCAGGGACGCCCCACAAGCGGGACUCCUUCAUCUAUAGCACAUGGCUGGAGGACAGUGUCAGCACCACCAGUGGGGGCAGCUCACCAGGCCCCUCACGGUCACCCCACCCAGACGCCAGCAAGUCAGGGGACCCUGUGUGUCCCGAGAUCAAGAUCCAGCUGGAAGCCUCUGAGCAGCACAUGCCCCAGCUGGACUGUUAGUCGGGCCACCAUCUCUGAAGAAGAAACUGAGCAGACGAGGCCGCAGAAGCAC